AUGACGACACCCACCAUGAAUGACCAAAACACCAGCUACGAUGUAGUGAUCGUGGGAGCAGGAAUCUCCGGCAUCAACGCUGCUUAUCGAAUCCAGACCGAGCUUCCAAAUGCAACAUAUAUCAUUCUCGAAGCCCGUUCAGUUAUAGGGGGAACCUGGGAUCAAUUCCGCUAUCCGGGGAUUAGAAGUGAUUCAGACAUGCAUGUUUUUGGUUUUGAAUGGAAUCCAUAUCACGGGAAAGAAACGAUUGCAGAUGGCGCUGAUAUUUUGAAUUAUAUCCGUGAUUCGGCGGCGCUCAACGGAAUUGAUCAGAAAGUUCAGUUUGGUCAGAAGCUUGUUGAGGCGAAUUGGUCGAGUGAGGCGCAGAGUUGGAAUUUGUUGGUUCAGAGUAGAGAAGGACGGCGGAGCUUGAAUGGGAAAUUUAUGCUUCUUGGGACGGGCUAUUAUGAUUAUGACGAGGCUGCACCGUCUUUUAUUCCUGGUAUUAAUGAUUUCCAGGGAACAGUCAUACACCCUCAAUUCUGGCCACAGGAUCUCGAUUAUUCUGGCAAGAAAAUAGUUGUCGUAGGAAGUGGUGCCACGGCCGUGACUUUGAUCCCUAGUCUUCUGAAAGAAGGAGCAUCCCAUGUCACUAUGCUUCAACGCAGUCCGAGUUAUGUCCUCAGUCAGGUGUCCAAUUCUCCUUCCACUGGUUGGCUAUCAAAAUUGAUACCCAAGAGAUGGACAUUUGCAAUCACCAGAUAUCUGAUGAUAGUACUUCCCACCAUAUUCCUCAGAUUCUGUGAAAGAUUUCCAACCACCGCACGAAAAUGGUUGAUGAAGGCAACAGCGGCACAACUUCCUCCAAAUAUCCCCUGGGACCCCCAUUUCGUCCCUUUGUACAACCCUUGGGAACAAAGACUAUGCGUUAGCCGUAACGGAGAUUUCUACGCCGCCUUGAAAACUGGAAAGGCAUCGAUAGUAACAGGAAAGGUCAAGACAGUCACCAAGUACGGAAUAGAAGUCAUCCCCAAAGGAGGCGAUGUCCCUGAAAACAUCGAAACAGACAUCCUCGUAACAGCAACCGGCUUGAAAAUCAAAAUCGCCGGCGGAGCACACGCCUCAAUUGACGGAGAACCAGUCUCAAUUCCCUCUCUCUACCUCUGGAAAGGCGUCAUGCUGCAAGACCUUCCAAAUUUCGGCUACGUGAUCGGUUACGCAGCCGCAAGUUGGACAUUAGGGGCCGAUGCUUCGGCUGUGCAUAUCUGUCUCAUUUUAAAGCACAUGAAGAAGAAUGGAUUCACAAGUGUCGUGCCGAAGAUGGAGGAGGAAGGGAUGGGAGAUUUACCGGUUAUGAAUCUGAGUUCUACGUAUAUGCAGAAGGGAAAGUGUCAUAUGCCUAGGUGUGGGGAUAAGGCCCCAUGGAGACCAAGAGAUAAUUAUUUGGUUGAUGUUUGGGAGGCGCAGUGGGGUGGUUUUGAGGGGUUGGAUUUUAUGUGA